AUGCAGCUGACGGGGCCCAAGCCCGCCGCCUGGGCGGGCCAGGUUGCAGACCUCACCCUCGUAGGUGACAUCCCGCUGGCGAACAUCACAUACGCCGGCAACCACAUCAACGCAACGUCCUCGAAGAACAGCGAUGGAACGACGACUGUGCAUAUUCCGACCUCCCUCGUCAACGCGACGACGGUGCAGCAAGUCGACAUCAAUCUGGGCGACUCCACGUACAGUGUCAACAUGACCGUCUUCCCCGCUGCGACACCUCAGAAGCUGCCCGAGGACCCCGUAUGGAUUGAGAUGUUCGAGAGCGCUGCCACCGGUUGGACUAGCAGCGGCUGGGACUUUGACACACUCGAUGGCAUCGUCGAGCACAACGGAACAGAGGGCAAGCAACGCUUCUCUCGAGCGAGCGGCGUCGUCGCCCACGCCCAGGGCCCGGGCAGGCUGACAUCACCUCCGGUCAACCUCCCGUUAGGGCGAGACUACGAGCUGCGCUUUUCGUCGCACUUCUCAGGAUCAGACGCCGCGGUCUCCGUCACCUUCGAUAACAGCACGACCGUGCAUCGCAUGAAUGCGACCGAGAGCGGACAGGUGCGGAUCCCAUUCACACCUUCGGGUCCGGCAAGCUUCGCGUUCGAGCUGAAGGAAGGAUCGUACUGGCUGAUCGACGAUGUUGCUGUUGUGCGCCCACUGGGCAACUCGACCGGCCCGAUCCUGGAGACGAUCGACAUCAUCAGCGAUAUCCAAAACAUUCCCUGCAACAAGUGGAUGCACGACAGCCUCCUCCCCGGCCUAGCACAGAUUGGACCGCGUGCGACAACGCUCGUCAUCAAUGGCGACCUCGUCGGAUGGGACGGGGAAGACAGCUGGUCGUCGUUCUCCAAGGCUCUCAAGCCUGCCAAGUCUUACAACCACGUGAUCAGCACCGCCGGCAAUCACGAAAUGUUCGGCAAGGCGGACGAGGAGACGAAGAAGCGUCGUUUCCUCGCUUACACUGGCAUGGGAGCGCGGCACAAUGCGGCGCAGGAGGCGGGCGCUAACGGUGUUGGCACCAUUGGCGGCGCGGGUCUAUGGGGCGAGCACGUCACUGCCUCUGGCGUGCCGCUGCUCUGGCUAGCCUCGGAGCGGUGGUGGCAAGAUCCCUCCUCUGAGCCGCAGUACGUCGUUCUAUCGGACGAGCAGUUCGGCUUCCUAGCGAGAAGGCUAGAGUACUGGCGUGCCAGAUCCCGCACCGUGCUGCUGUUCUCGCACCACCCGCUGCCCUUCAGUGUCUCCGGCACGUGGACGCCGUUCGAGUCUCGCAACUUUGGUACCGACGAGCUGCGAUUCCGUCAUCUGCUCGCCGCAAACCCGCACGCGGUCCUCGUCACGAGCCACUCGCACUGGGCCAUCGAGGCCGCGGACCAAAACGUCGACCACCGCCCACUCGUCGGGUGGAACAGCACGACGCCCACAUUCAACACUGGCGCAACGAUCAACUGGUACGACCUGGGUGACAAGGAGUGGCAGGGCGUGUGGAAGGGGGAGAAGGCCCCGACGGCGAUUCGCGUAGAGGUGUAUGCGGACCGAGUGCGUUUCAAGGCGCUCCGGUUCUGGAACUUAAGCACGACGGCGACGGUGGUGAACACGAGAGACGUCGCGUUCCCGGCUCAGGGGAGGUUGACUGUGAAUGCCGUGCACUCGGCGGCGAGCCGUACGGCGCCGAGUACGGGCCUGGUCGCCACCAUGCUUGUCUUGUGCUUCAGACUGUUGUGGGCUUGA